GUGUCUCGAAGACACCUAAAUAGUCUUUAAACUUGUUUCUUAAUGAAUCCUCACAGUGCAAAGACCGAAAAACCUGUUAAUUAUGGACGAAACGAUGGGUCUACGCAGUGCUUCGCACUUGCGGUUGAGAUGAAGUUGAAGAUGGGCUAAUAUUCUUGAAAAACCCCGAUUUUUGAAAGCAUCAGAAGAAGAAUGGCAAUGUUUCAAUUGAAACUGCUGGACAAUGCGCGUGUGGAAUGCAAGUACGAAUCAUUGCGCUGGAAGAGUGUGUUUCACAUCUCGUCUUCUUCAGCCUUCGUAAAACACCGCAAUCCCACAAUUAAGACUUGGGCCGAUUAAAUGGCAUCGAGCCCCAUUGUUUUGUCCAUCCGCGAAGCACCAGAGCAGCAACCAGUGCAAAGGCAGAAUCCGCGCAAUGCGUACACCUCAUAUAGUGCUACUCUUGACCGGCUUGGUGGUGUUUUUUUCGCAAAGUUCUUCUGGUCAUGACGAAUCCUCGUGGCAUCCGAUCUUAUACGAUUAUUAUCACAUUGACUUGACUGAACUUGGGGGGUAUCAGGAUGGAGGAGCUCCCGAGCCGGAUGAGGGAGGCUUUGGAGGCAACCUGCCCGUUCCAAAGGAUGCUAUUGUCGAUGCCAUUAACGAGCUGGGAAUCAAAUUAUUGGCUAUUCACAACGAGCACAACGAGAACAAUAUCGCAAUCUCGCCUUACGGAGCGUUCAGCGUAUUGGCGGCGCUCAGCGAAGGCCUAGAAGGGGCGGCAGCGCUCGAAGUCCUCCAUGCCGCCCACAUUCCGAAGGAGAAAAGCAUUAUUCGGAUCGGCCUGCGGGAUAUUCACCGGCAUCUAAAGAGCUACUUUAUCCCCGAGGAAGGCUUCCUGGCCGGGCUCACCUUGAACUUAAACAACGUCAGCUUGAAGAGCGACUACGAAGAGGUGUUGCGCUUCUACGGCUUCGAUUACAGCUCUUUCAACAACGCUCUCUAUCCAGAACCGCCCACCACCAAGAAGGAACCUCCCGCCGAAGGAACCACCUUGGAAACGGGAUUGGGGGUAUCCGAAGCAGAAGCUACCACAGCCACCAACAGGCCAGCUGAAGAAGCGACAGUGACUGUUGAAGCAGAAACAACAACAGCUAGAUCAACAACUACCGAAGCCACAGUGUCAACCACAAUGGAAAAUCAGGUCACAACAGGAAAAGGCAAUAAUCCAGCUGCAGAAGAACCGACGUCUUCAACAGAAGCCCCAACUACCAUCGCGGUUGAAACCACUACAAGAGCAGAGGAAACAAGCGCUUCACCAGCCGCAACCACUACUGAAGGACCAAUCACGGAGCCUCCUACUACAGUGGCAGCUGCAACUGCAUCAGUAGUAACCUCUUCAGAAACCACAAUAGUGCAAAUACUGGAGACGCAAAGCUCCACGGAUAAAAACAGUGAAUUCCACAGCACCUCGUUCAAGGAAACUAUUUCGACGAGUUUUUCUUCGCAUUCGACUAGCGAAUCUACCGAUAACACCGGCAAAGACUCAACCGACGCAGCCGUGACUGUCUCAACCACUGAAACAGUCGGUGCAGACUCUGCAACUGAAGCCACUACGAUGUUAACCGGAAAUACUCUUCGUACCACUCGAGAUGCCACCUUUCAGUCUGAAGAUCCGGAUAUUCCCUCAGCCACUGAGGUGGCAACCACAACAAUCACGGAAGUGGUUAAUGAGCCUGCAGAAGAACCUUUCUUGACUACAACUCUAGAGAUCCCCAGCAGCAGCGACGCUGCUGAAGAGAUGGCAACAUCCACUGUAGCCCCAAUAGCUACAGAGCCAACUUUUCUCAGUGUGAUCGAUAUGGGAAACGAAAUUGCUGCUACGUCGAUGAGCGCUGAGUUUUCCGACGCCCCUGAGACUACGACGCAAGUUUUCGCAGCUACUGACCUCAACUACAACUACGAAGCUGCAGAAGCUUAUGAAGACAACGCUCCGAUGAGCGACGGGGCAGGAGAGGAGUUGAACCCAAGCCUCAAGAGAAGCGCCCGAUCAGUGGUGGAUUACGUGAUUGCAAGAAUAUACGAUGAUCGUCCGCGUUAUCUGCCCCUACCACCCAGACCACAAUACGCAGCAAACGAGCCGCUGACUUUUGCAAUCUACGGAAAGUACCGGGAAGGUGGCAUCAACUUCAUGAAGUACGAUACAGUGUUGCCGUACUACUUCGUGCACAAGCUCAACGCUGCCGCUUUGAGCUUUCCUUUGGACAGCACCAAGUACUAUUUGCUGCUGCUGCUGCCUCUGCGAGAUGCCGGCAUAGACCAGCUGAUCUGCGACUUGAGGAUACAUGGAAGUCUUCGGCAUAUCAUCGACAACUUGAAGCUCACCCAUGUGGUGGCCACCAUCCCCAGCUUCAUGCUCAAGGGAUACGUCACUUUAACCCCCACCCUACAACGGCUGGGAGUUCGCAGCAUUUUCGAGCCGCGGCAGGCGGACUUCAGCGCGAUGACCAACGUUUCGGACAUUUACGUGACCAACAUUGAACAGGCCGUAACAGUCACUAUCAGGAACUAUCUGGAUUCCUCGGCCCAACGAUACAAAAACUUCCGCAGAUUUAACCCGGUUCGGUUCAAAGCUGACCAUCCCUUCUUGUACUUUGUGGUCGAUUCUGAGCUGCACGUUGCCUUAAUGGUCGGCAAAGUGAUCAAUCCCCUCAACUCUAGAAUCAGCUAACCAGUAAAGCCUCAUUCCUACAUAUCAACAGAUGCUGUGUACAGAUUUAGAGCUCCAGAUGCUCUUUGAACCGCCACACGUUUUUUUGCGGGAUGUUAACCGGAUGAAAUUCAACAAUAAAAUGAUCAUCACACAACAAUAAACAGUCUUUUUAAGGUU